AUGAAUCGUUAUCAAAAUUAUUAUAACGUGCCAAGUGGACCACAACAACAAUUCCAGAACCAGAACAGGGUAAAAAUUGGUGUGAGAAACUGGCAAAAUGCCACUAUGCAGGACUUGCUGAAUUUUUUGAGCAGAAAUACUAGAGUAAACUUAAUGGAUGCUACAAUAGAUGGCCCUUUGAUUACCGGUUACGUACAAUCUCAAUCUCAAGCGGACCAAUUAAUCAAAUGGAAUGGUGUCAGUUUUGCAGGAAAUAAAUUGAAGUUCGAAAUCAUACAAGGCGGACAAACUGGAACAUCCAGUACCAUUGAAUUUUUGAAACUUUUCCUAGCAAAACGUUACGAUCCACAAGCUAGGAUGCUAAAUUUGGGAGGUCUUUAUGAUGAUCCUGAAUUAGUUCAAAAGGGUAUGUUCACAAAUAUGUCAACACAAUCAAGAAUGUUCCCUGCUAUGAUGAAAGUCGCCUCCAAAGAACCAGGUUUAGUAGUUGAAAGUUUGAAUUUGGCAGAUAACAGAUUGAAGGAUGUAUCAGCCAUUUCUGCCCUCGCACAAACAUUUCCUCAUUUGAAGAAUCUCUGUCUGGCAAAUAAUCAAAUAACUAGAAUUAAUUCUUUAGACGUGUGGAAAAAUAAAUUUAAGGAUCUAAGAGAAUUAUUAAUGACAAAUAAUCCUAUUACAAAUAAUCCUUCUUAUAAAAAUGAAAUGUUGAAAAUUUUUCCAAAAUUAGUGGUCCUAGAUAAUGCGGUUGUAAGGGACGGUGCAAAAUUAGAUUCUAUUUUCACAUUACCUGUAAAACUUCAAAUAUUUUUCUUUGAAAAUAACGAACUAGGCCAAAGAUCUACUGACUUUGUGACUAAUUUCUUGAAUUUAUGGGACACUGACAGAAGCCAACUCUUAUCUUUAUACUCUCCACAGUCUCAAUUUUCAAUAUCGGUAGAUUCUUCUGUACCGCCAUCAACUGUAGCAAAAUCAGAUCAAAACUCAUCUUUCGGAUAUUACAUUCCACAUUCCCGUAACAUUUCAAAGGUAUCCAGUGAAAAAUCUAUACAGCAACGUCUCUCUGUGGGCCAAGAGCAGAUAGGUAAUAGUUUCAAAGAAUUACCAAGAAGCAAGCAUCAUUUACAAGAUCAACCAAAUGAGUAUUCGAUGCAAUCUUUCAUUUACCCCCAAGUGAACGGUUUUACUAUCACAUUGCAUGGAUUUUUUGACGAAACAGCCAAACCUGAUAUUCUACCAAAUAAGGGUUACAAUUCAAGAAAUAGAAGAAGUACUUAUACUACAUCGGCAAAUACAAGACUAUGCCAAAAGUCCUUUGAAAGAACGUGGGUAAUUGUGCCCAUUAAUAACACUUUUGUAGUUGCAUCGGACAUGCUGAUGAUAAGACCUUAUACGUCACAUGCCUGGACAGCACCUUCUGAAACGCCACAACCACCUUCACAACUACAGCCUCAAAUACAACCUCCGGUACAAGCUCAACCGCAAAUGUCGCCAGUACCUGUAAUGGGGGCACCUCAACUAGCCCCAACAUUGCAGCUACCACCAGACGUUCAAUCAAGACUAAAUCCUGUACAACUAGAACUAUUGAAUAAAUUACAUUUAAACACAAAAUUGAACGCUGAAUACACCUUUAUGCUCGCGGAACAGAGCGGCUGGAAUUAUGAUGUUGCUUUGAAAGGCUUUCAGGACAGUAUCAACAACAUUCCAAGAGACGCCUUUAUUCAAUGA